AGGAUAUCAAUUCGCUGGACAAGCUUUCCUUCAUUCUUAAGACCAGGAGUGAUAUCAACUUCAACUGACGGCACAUGUAUGUCAGCAAGAAGACUAUUUUCACAUCUCUUUGGAACACAACCAAGUCCUUUACGAUAUCUCUUAGUUAUUGGUUUUAUUGUAAUUCUGUUGUUGGGAUUUCUCUUAUUUAUGUCUGAUUCAAGUUGGUACCGCAGUAGAACUAGACGCUUUACCUACCAUGACUUUUACGAGCAUGGGGCUGAUUCAAAUUAUCAUUAUGGAAUUGUUAUUGACUGCGGCAGCAGUGGAUCUCGUGUUUUUAUUUAUUAUUGGCCACCACACAAUGGAAACCCAGAUGAGUUGCUACAAAUUAAGCAGAUGGUAGACUCUCGAGGAAACCCUGUAAGGAUGAAGAUCAAACCAGGUAAAUGUUUAUUGUUUUUUACACUGAGCACGAGAUCUUCUCAGAUCCAGUUAUGAAAACAAAGUAUUGUCAACUUUAGCAGGCAUGUGUUCAACAGUGUUCCGUUACUCUAAUAUGUCCUGGAUUUUGUAUUUUUGCCCGAGUCAGGGAGAAUUGCGGUGGGAAACAAUUUCAUCAUUAGAUAUCACAUGACCUCAAAGUAGCCAGUGUUGUUGCUAUCUUGAGAGGUGCACAGUAAUUUGGUAUUUGAAGUAGUAAGGGAUUUCACUGUUUUCUUGUGUUGAGAAAAUGUGUUCUCACCAAGUUAGUAUCCAGAGCUGACCUUUUUAUUGGCCGAGGAAAAUCCCCACAUCCACUCCCAUAAUUCCAGUCCCACCAAAGGUAGCUAGUGAGAGCUGUUUUUCUAACACUUAAACUUUUACUAAGUUGAGUAAUUACGUACACAACUUUUGGCUUAGCUAAAAGAAUUAACCAUUGCAUAAACAUUUCUAGAACCUUAACCAUUAUCACCGCUAUUCAUUUAAAGGAAUAUCCAGCCUUGUUGACGAGCCAUCAAAGGCUUCAUCUUAUAUUGAACCCCUUCUGGACUUUGCUGCACUAAAGAUCCCAGAACACAAACAUAAGGAGACUCCACUUUACGUCCUUGCAACAGCUGGAAUGCGAAUGCUUUCUACUGCAGAUCAAGAAUCUAUUUUGGAUGACCUGAGAGUUGAUAUUCCAUUGAAAUACAACUUUCAUUUUAUGGCAUCACAUGUUGAAGUUAUCACUGGAAAACAGGAAGGUACAUGUGCUAAAUAAAUUUUUAAAUUAAUUUUGUUACCAUUUUGCAUUUCUCAAACCUUAAAGCCAUUAUACUUGACUGUACUGUCCUGCUGUGCAUCUCUAUCUCCUCCCUACCCUCCCUCCCACAGUAGUACAAUGAACCUCACUGGCAUUAAGAAAGUUUUAGGUAAAUUUAAAUUUUUAGGUGUUGAGAAUUCAGAAUUCCUACAUAAUUUAAAACUUAUUUCAUACCUUUUAUGGUAUAGUUGGUUUUUGUCAAGUCCAUUAUUUAAUUUCUUUUUUAACAGGAAUAUAUUCUUGGAUUGGAGUUAAUUUUGAGCUUGGACGAUUUGACCAUUCACAUGAUGCAAAAGGUAGAUACCAGCAAUUAAAACUGUUUGAAGUGCUAAACCUUGUGCGGUGUGUGACUUAGUUAAUGAGUAAAUUAUGUGAAAAGUUAGAAGGAAAGGCAUCCAGGGGUCAGUUUAAUAAAACUUUUGUAAGUUUAAUUUACAAGUGUAGCUAUUGUUUUAGAGUAUGAAAACAAUAGCCACUUUUGAAAAUUACCUCAUUGUCUCCGGCGGCUAGGGCUGUCAAUGUUGUGACAUCGAUCCUGAAAAAUAAACUCGCAAAAAAUCGCGUUACUUCCGAUUGCCUCCAAAUUUGGCUCACAGGAAGUUAACAGAUUUAGCCAAUCACCUGCCUGGUUCCAGCCCCUGUGGACUUUUGACAGUGACACACCGAGCUUUCGAAAAUUUGGAAUUUUAUGGCGAGUCGCGGGGAAUUUUUUUGAGCCGGUUUUGCGAAUAAUGAAAGCUUGUAUUGACGAAUAUCAACCAAAUACAAGUCAAACAAACUAUCCUGAAGGAUUUUGGAGGAUAACAAGCAAACUAAACGCGAAAAUCGAGGUUAGGUUCAACAAUUAGAAUCUGUGCAUGCAAAUCGCCGAUCGCCGACUCUGUGCCACAUGUUCUUGAAACGGCGACGAUUUCCUUCCCGUUUUGCCUUCGCUUCGCUUUUCGCUGUCAAAUUCUUGCUUAUUUUGAUGAAUUCUAUCAGCAAAUUCAUGUCUGCUUGUCUCUAACUCGAUAUUUUUUUGGGAAUCGAGGAAACAAAGCGUCUCAGUGAAGUAAACAUGGGGUCACGAGGUGACGCCAAAGGAUUAUGCUAAUUAUGAUAAUCCAAUUAGCAUAAUCAUGAGAGCGUGAAGAAAAAAAUUUGUAGAAAAUUUCUAGUCGCUCCAUAUUUUAGAACGAUUUUCGGGUUUUUUUGCUUACAUAUUGAUGAAAAAAAUUUCUUACUACCAUAUCACCCAAAAUAAAGAAGUUUCCUAGCUAAAUGACAUUCUUUAAAAUUUUAAAAAAAUUUUUUGCAAAAUAUGCUUUUUUAAUUUUUUUGUGGCGGAAUAUUAUGGGUUUCCUAUGACCGAAAUAUUUUUUUUUCGAAAGGGUAUUCUUUUCCCUUUCCAAUGAGGUAUAGCUUGAUAUUGAACUGUAAAUAACACCAGAGAUAUGAUUUUUUAAAGUUACAUGGCAAAAUACAUUAAAAUAAUUAGCUGAAGACAAUGAGUUACACUUGUAAAAGUUUUGUUAAAUUGGUUCCAGGAUAGAAAUAUUAUUUAUCACUGCAUCAGUUACGCUGCUGUCUGCAGUAGUUUCUAUUUGAUUUUUUAACGGUCUUCGAAAAGGACUCGGGAUGCACUAAUACAAUUGGACCUCUUCACAGCGGGGCAGUUCUUGGGGGCAAAAGAAAGUCGCCGUUGUAGAGAGGUUUAAGCAAGAGUUUAUUUAUGGAUGUCUUCCAAAAAAUGUGUAAUUGUUAAGAGGUGACUGUUGUAGAGAGGUUUAAGCAAGAGUUUAUAUAUGGAUGUCCGCCAAAAUAGUGGCUAUUAUAAAGAGAUGGCUGUUGUAGAGAGGUGACCGUUAGUAGAAGUUCAACUGUAUCACUGAAAGAAAACAUGAAGUUAUUGUAGCUUUACAUAACAGUUUGUCAAUGAACCAUGAUAAUUGUUGGAUUUGGUUCAUUAUCCUCUGGGGGUGGUCUUUUCUAAGCCCAAUGAUAACGUUAAUAACUGUUAUUUUUUUAGGUUUAUACAGGUUUGAAUUUGUUAACUUGCAUGGAAGUCUGUUUCUAAAGACAUCUUCAGUUUGCAAUGUCAAAAACUCUCCUGGAGUGCAUGUAGAAAGUAGCUUACAGGCUUCGACUAGGCCAAAGACUUCACAAAUUACUGUCAAAGUACAUGUGCUACUUGAAAAAAAUCAACAAAAACAUCUUCAGGGCCAGAUUAUUCUGUUCCUCCACCAUUAACACACAGGGGAUUUUUUUUUUUUUUUUUUUUUUUGGUAGAGGGGAUGAUGGCAUGAAUGUCUUAACUUACAGAUAAAUUUGUGUCACAGGGUCACCAGUCUUGAAUAGUAGUGUGUCUGAAGUUAGCCGCAAGAGUACUGUAGGUUCCUUGGAUAUGGGAGGGGGAUCUGCACAGAUUGCUUUUGAAGUUGCAAAAUCUGUAAGUACCUGGAAUGUCAAACACAGCACUGUUGCGUUGUACAGUAUCUUCUUGACCUUUUUACAUUACUGCAAACAUCCAAUUUAAAGUUAGCCUUGUGUUCCCAUUUCAGGCCAACAUAAGCCUUUUUUGCUUAAUUAUUCUUAUGAAAUAGAAGAGAUCUGGGCAUGGCUUCAGUUAACGAAGGACUUAGCUGUCAAAGUUGUGAUUUCAAACCUGAACAGAACAAGCAACGACUAUUGCAGUUAUGAGCCCCCUCAAAUUUGAGCUUCUCCGUUUUUAACCCCCCCCCCCCUCCCUCCCCUUAAACCCCUUACAAAGAUGUAUACGCCUAGAGCUUACAAGUGGAAGCUUAUGAUACUCUGUUCUGUUUUAAGAAUACUGUUAAUAGUCAUCACCUAUGAUUUAUGUGAAUACACAUUCUAAUUUCUAAUUCCGUGUCCCUCAAUAUAGGUAUGGGUCCCAUCAGAGCUGAGUGCACAAGUCAAUCUUGGCUGUGACUCUCAUCAAACUAUACAUAAUUACCAUCUGUAUGUUGCAACAUUUCUUGGGUUUGGUAGUAAUGCUGCACGAGACCGUUACACAGAACUUGUUCUUAGUCAAAAUGAAAGUCUUAGCUUUGAUCUGUGAGUAUUUUUUGAAAAUAGUAAUUCUACAUGUACUGUCAGUAAUACACAUGUACUCUGAUUAUAAAUUAAUGCACACUGUAACAAAUUAUGCGUUCUGAAUACUACUUCAAAGUAUGCCAAAUAGCCUGCUACUUUUUGAGCAACAGAAACUUCUGAAGGUCUCCCAGGUGUUGUGGGAAACAACACCAUGAACAUUCACUUUUAGCAAACAAGGGACAUCUGGAGAUAACUUUUAGAGAACAGGGGAGCCAUUGAGUUUUGGGGGGUAUAGGGGAACAUUGAUUUCAUAAAUUGCAGGAAAAGGGAUCAUGACAAAAUUGAACUUUAGGGAAGAUGCGAAAUUAUUUGCGGGGACUCGAAGGAGAAACUUCAGUUAUUCAGAGAACAAGGGAACAUAAACCCACCAUGGGAGGCACUAUUUUCCCUGCACCAUUCAACGAAAAAUUCCAGAAUUCUGCGACUUGAAACAUAACUGAAUGGAAAGGACAAUUCCGGAAGAAAUUUUCAGACAUUUGUGUUUGCCUGCCAAGGUUGUCCUCUCUUUCCCAGUUUUUGCUUCACGUUCAUAAUAGGCAUUCAAAAAUGAAGGGGAAAGGCCAAUUUAUUCAGAUGCACAAACAUCACAUUCUCAAACACCCGUUUCAUCCCCUUUUCUUUCAAACUCCUGCAAUGAAGGCUAAAUUUUACGUAACUUCAUUAAGAAAACCAUUUUGUUGAAUACGUGGCACUGUUAUUGGGUAUUUUUUACCCCGAUAGUAGAAGUUGUUGUCAGUUCUUCUGUUGUAAUUUUUCUUUAUUAUUAGUUUUCAAUGUAAAAUAGAUAGAUGUGGAGAAAUAUUAUAUAGUUUUUAACUUUUAAGUUUGUGGAAGAAAUCGUAAGGUGUUACCAUUCAAAUGAAACCUUCAACAGCCGUACGUUUGCAUGGAGUUAUUUUUCUUGUAGCAUUCUGUAAUACUUAACUUGAGUUGUUGCAAGUAAUGCUGGAUUAUCUUUGAAAUAAACGGUGAUGAACAAAAGAUUUUAAGUCAGUAAUAGCAUUUUAUGUUCUUCUUGUAAUUUCACAGUUCAACUGAAGCGUAUCUAGAUCCUUGUCUACCAACAGAAUGCAAUGAACAAGUUACCCACAAGGGAAAGCAAUACAAACUUAUUGGAACAGGGGAAUAUUAUAAAUGUCAAAAACUUAUUCUUCCGCUUUUGAACCUGACAACACCCUGUCCAAGGCAACCAUGUUCUUUUAACGCUGUUUACCAGCCUCAUAUAGACUACAACCAGGUUGAAUUUUAUGGAUUUUCUGAGUAUUGGUACUCCAUGCACGAUGUGCUAAGAAUUGGCGGACAGUACAAGGCAACUGCCAUGAAGAAAGCUGUAGAGGUAGGUUUUCAGCAUGUUAGAAUCUGUAACUGAAAUUUGUUCGCGAGAUAUUAAGAUUUUAACAGGUUCACGGUUAAGCGCAUGCUCAUUAAUUUAAAUUACUAUUUUCCAAUUUAGUGUUAAUUUAUCGGUUAAUAAUCCCACUCACAUGUAUCUCAGCGAUCUCAGAGUGUAUUUCACAGUAGAGGUGUAUUUCAGAGUAACCUGAAGUAGGAUGUAGGAGAACUAAAAUCGCAGAAAAAAAUUAGUGGAUUAUGCCAACACCACCAACGUUGAAUUUAUUGUUGACCUGAAGGUUUUAUUCCAUGGUUGAUUAAUUUACAGCUAUUUGCAAAUAUUUGAGUUGAUCAAGUGCAACUUACUGCCAGAGGAGUGUGCAGAUUGGUUCUUUGACAACAUAUUGACAUGAUCAUAUUGCUUGCAUAGACGAUACAGCAUGUCCCGGCCGAUAAACGGCAUUUUGAUAAAUGAGCGUUCGCUGAACCGUGAACCUGUCCCUUUAAUUUGACUGUCUUGUUAACGAAAUGCUGUGCAUCGUCUGCAUCAAACAAUAAAGACCUAGCUUGAACUUGCAAACAGAUUCAAUCCUUGCAAAAGUCUUUGUCUAGCUCUAGGUCAUUUAUGCAAAUUUAGUGUACUUUAACUCUUUUCGAACUCGCUUUUAUUUAUUUCCAAUUCCUUGAUAAUGACGUCAUGGGGUCGUCGAAAAGUUGGAACAUUAGACCCUGUUUACAUGGAGUGGGGGACCCCGGUCUAGUGGGGUAGGUUUCUUUUGUUUUGUGUCCUCCAGAGCGUGAAAACAAAAGAAACCAACCCCACUAGACCGGGGUCCCCCACUACAUGUAAACAGGCCCUUAGAGAGAUAUAGAGCGAUUUCACUCACGUGGCCAGCGUCUAUGCUAAUUCAUUGGAACGAAAGAAAGUUUUUUACAUAAGAAAAGAGUUCAAUUCCCACAAGAUUGCCUUGGUACACCAAUAUGGCCGCCAUCUCAUUGUUUUGGAACACCAAUAUGGCCGCCGUGACGUCAUCUGAAUACGCUCUUGAGCAAACGGUAAACGUCAGAUUUUAAGUUGAGAAUUUCUCAAAAUAGAAAAUGAGCAGGUAACAACUGGGAAAACUAAUUCUUAUGAAUAAAACUCGCGUGAAACAACUAAUUUUUUUUGUAGAAGUAAUUAACAGUAAACGACAAGUAUAGGGGUUAAAAGGGAAACUUGGUCUCGUGGUACAAAUUCGUGUUUGCCGUUUGCCGUAAAUAUGACCCUAAAUUUCUCUAAUAUCUCGUUUACUUAGUUUUUACAUGCUUAUGAAUACAUACUUUUCGGGUGGAGAGAAGCGUCAACCGGAAAUACGUUUGCGUUCGCAGGCUAUUCCUCAAUCAGGCUGGCAUUCCCUCUUACUUUCCGACUAAUGAAGCGUUUGUUAAUUCUCAGGAGUUCUGCAAAACCCGUUGGUCAGUUCUUGUCAAUCGACACGCGAAAGGACUCUAUCCACAUGCAGAUGCUCAUAGGCUACAGUAAGCAAAAUGUCGAACUUUUUUUACUUGAUGUGGUUUAGAUUUAAAAGAGAUGAAUAUUUUCUCUCCUUCCUCCAGUGAUGUAGUUUUUAUUCAAGUACAUUCGCAUAACUGAUUUGUUACCAGUUAGAUAAUCUUGAAAAUGGCCUUACGAUGAGGACGAAACAUCGACUUUUUACGCUUUUAUUGACGUGUUUCUGUUUCCUCGUAAUGUCACUUUUUUUCAGUCUUUUUUAAAGUGGUUUUGUGAGAAAAACAACAGCUCUGCACGUGCAUCAUGUUUUUUAGUACAUUUCUUUGACGUUCACUGCACGACUACGACGUGAAACUUCCUAAUGCCAAGUUUUAUGGGGCACGCGCGCGUGAAGAUACGAGGACCGUGAAUUUUCCUUUCUCGGCUUUUUGAAGCUGGGUAAAGUCGUUAAGAAUUCAACUCCAGGAGCUGGAGAAAUCGCCUACAUUUGACAAAUUGAGCGGUCCAAAUAGACGCGAUAAAAGUUGAAAGGACGCAAAUUCAUUUUCUGAAGACUUUUUCACCAACAUCGUCGCCAUUGCUCAAGCUCCCUUUCCUUAACUCCCUGUUAUGCCAAUGCGAUAUUGUUGAUAUGGUAUUGAGAAUGUGGUGGUAAGAUAUUGGAAAGAGAGAGAAUUGUAUUUAGAAAGUGCUGAUAUGGUAAGCAAAAUCGGUUAGUGCGGUUUUAAGAAAACGUUUAUUUGGUACGGAAACGCGUCAGCAAAAUGUUGGCAAAGUUUGUUUCCGUGCUGGUAAAGUGUUGCUAUGGCGUGUAUAACUGUAUUGCUUGUGUUUGUCUAGGUAACUGGUGAAUUGGAAAUUAUUAAAGUACCAUGUGUGAAUAUCCUAAGGCUAUUUAGUCACUUCGGCUUUUUCAAAGAUCAAUCAGUAAAAAACGCGUAGUGUAUUUAAAUUUUUUUUCGUAAGGUUCCAGUGUUUCAAAGCAGCUUGGGUGACAACAGUUCUUCACCAAGGUUUCAAGUUUCCCCAGAACUACAGCAACCUACGCUCCGCCUUUUAUAUCGGCGACAAAGAAGUUCAAUNCCGUGAAUUUUCCUUUCUCGGCUUUUUGAAGCUGGGUAAAGUCGUUAAGAAUUCAACUCCAGGAGCUGGAGAAAUCGCCUACAUUUGACAAAUUGAGCGGUCCAAAUAGACGCGAUAAAAGUUGAAAGGACGCAAAUUCAUUUUCUGAAGACUUUUUCACCAACAUCGUCGCCAUUGCUCAAGCUCCCUUUCCUUAACUCCCUGUUAUGCCAAUGCGAUAUUGUUGAUAUGGUAUUGAGAAUGUGGUGGUAAGAUAUUGGAAAGAGAGAGAAUUGUAUUUAGAAAGUGCUGAUAUGGUAAGCAAAAUCGGUUAGUGCGGUUUUAAGAAAACGUUUAUUUGGUACGGAAACGCGUCAGCAAAAUGUUGGCAAAGUUUGUUUCCGUGCUGGUAAAGUGUUGCUAUGGCGUGUAUAACUGUAUUGCUUGUGUUUGUCUAGGUAACUGGUGAAUUGGAAAUUAUUAAAGUACCAUGUGUGAAUAUCCUAAGGCUAUUUAGUCACUUCGGCUUUUUCAAAGAUCAAUCAGUAAAAAACGCGUAGUGUAUUUAAAUUUUUUUUCGUAAGGUUCCAGUGUUUCAAAGCAGCUUGGGUGACAACAGUUCUUCACCAAGGUUUCAAGUUUCCCCAGAACUACAGCAACCUACGCUCCGCCUUUUAUAUCGGCGACAAAGAAGUUCAAUGGACACUAGGAGCGAUCCUCUAUCGAACAAGGUUCCUGCCUCUAAGGUACGUUAUGGGGCUCAUGAGAGCUCUGGAAAUUAAAUGCCUUGUUGCCGAUAAACUGUAACGGUAAAAAAAUGACACGCAAAGGGAAAAGAAUUUGAAUCCUUUAACAGAAGUCAUUGGCAGUUUGGUUCUUCGGUUUUGCCGGCGGUUGAAGCUCAUUUUAAAAUUACUCGUUUUAGGUGUUUAUCUCAGCUUCUUUGUCGGUUUUUGGUCACUUUUUAUUGCAGUUUCGAAGAUUUAUCGAUUUUUUUGUGGCCGGUUUUGCUGCUUUCUCCUCGAGCACCGUCCAUGAACUCGUUGAACUGUAGAGAGGAAGUUCGAUACUCUGGCUUCAUGGCCAGUAAAUGCCGUGUUUUUGUUUUUGUUUGUUUUUUGUUUUAUAAUGGCUGGAAGUUUAUAGAUGAAUGUCGUGCGUUUUUGCCUCUAACACUUAAUUAGCUAAGUACUAACAUCAAGAAUAACAUUGAACCGCAACAGCUGUUCCCCCCUCCCUCUCCCCCAGUCUCUCACACCACGUGUCAUUGUUCUAAUCCCAUCGAUCUUUACAUGCGUGCAGAGAUGGCGGAUAUGGUCAGUAUGGCAUUUGACCACAUAUAUUUUUCAUUUCUAGGGAAGUCCAAUUGCAUUCACAGUACAAAAGUUCAUAUCACGCCCUUUGGAGUUACGUGAGUGAACUACAGUUCCGCAUCAUAUUCUUGGUGUGCAGUGUCACAGUUUUGGCCGCCAUCUUGCUGUACUGUAGGCGGCUACGGCGCAUGAGCAGUACGUCAAGUUUGUGGCAGUACAACUCGUCUCCAGUCCUCUACAAUGUUGAUGUAAUACCCAGCACAGAUAAGAUUCCUGUGAGAUGA